UUCCUCAACCACUGCUAUACUUUCUUUAAACGCUCUCUUUUGCUGGAUUUCUCUCAUGGCUUCUUCUUCUUCUUCUUCUUCUUCUUCUCAUUUUUCGUCUGAGGUUAAGAGUCUCCAUGUAUUUCCGAGCUUCCACGGCCCAGAUGUUCGUAGAGGAUUCCUCAGUCAUUUACACGAUCUCUUUGCAAGGAAAGAGAUCACGAUUUUCAAGGAUCAGGAGAUCGAGAGAGGCCAUACGAUCGGAUCUGAACUCGUGAAAGCCAUUAGAGAAGCGAGACUGUCCAUCGUUUUGCUCUCCAAGAACUACGCUUCUUCGAGCUGGUGUUUGGACGAACUGGUGGAAAUCUUGAAGUGCAGAGAAGCUCAGGGGCAGAUUGUGAUGCCCAUUUUCUACGAUGUUGAUCCGUCCAGUGUACGCAAACAGAGCGGAGACUUCGGGAUCGCUUUUGAGAAAACCUGUGAAGGUGAAACAGAGGAAGUGAAACAGAGAUGGGUCGAAGCUUUGACAUGUGUAGCAACCAUAGCUGGAGAACACUCUCGUAACUGGACUGAUGAAGCUGCUAUGGUGGAAAAGCUUUCCACAGACGUCUCGAACAAACUGAGAUUGGAAGAGAUUAAGAAAGAGUUUAGGGAAUGCGAUGUGGACCAGAAUGGUUUCAUAACUGCAGCAGAGCUUCGAUAUGUGUUGACAAAAGAUGGGGGUGAAUUUACUGAUGAGCAAGUUCGUGAUAUCAUUCGAGUAGCUGAUGUUGAUGGCGAUGGUCAGAUCAACUAUGAUGAAUUUGCCAAAUUCAGGACUCUUGUGAUGGCUGAUGAAGAUGCUGCGAGCGAAAAGCUUUCUACAGAUAUCUUGAACAAACUGAGAGUGGAAGAUAUGAAGGAAGAAUUUAGGAAAUACGAUGUAGACAAGAAUGGUUUCAUAACUGAAGCAGAGCUUCGAUAUGUGAUGACAAAAGAUGGGGGGAAAGUAACCGAUGAAGAAGUUGAUGAGAUAAUCCGAAAAGCUGACGUUGAUGGCGAUGGUCAGAUCAACUAUGAUGAAUUUGCCAAAUUUACCAUAGCUAAGGAGGCUGAUGAAGAAGCUGCGAUGGUUCGAAAGUUUGCCACAGAUGUUACACUGUCGAGGGAGGAAGAGAAAGAAAUUAAGGAAUUAUUUACGGGUUUAGAUGUAGACCAGAAUGGUUUCAUAACUGCAGCAGAGUUUCAAUAUGUGAUGAAAAAUAGUGGGAGCAAACUAACCGAUAAGGAAAUUCGUAAUUUCUUCCGAAGAGCUGAUGUUGAUGGCGAUGGUCAUCUCAACUACGAUGAAUUCGUCAAAGUCAUGACGGCUGAAAGGAGGAGGGCUGAUGAGGAAGCUGCGAGGGUCGAAAAGACUGCAACAGAUGUCUUGAACAAAGUGAAUAAAUUCGUCAAAUUCAUGGUGAAAGCUUUAUCUUGAAGAAAAAAGAAUAACGAUUUACGAAUGUCUAAGUAAAUUUUCAUCAUGACUUGAACCUGGCUGUCUUCUUUAGGACAUGUUUUUACUUCUUUAAUUUCCACCUUCUAUUUGGUUGCUUUGUUAAGCUCUUCAAUUAAUGUUAUGUCAAGUAUGAACUCAUGUUUUGCCCAUCUUGUGACACUUGAUUUUCUCUCUUUGUUU